AUGGAAUAUAUUCAAAUAGAAAGUUUGGAAUGCGGUCCGGGUGGCAAUUCAGUGAAUUUCGAAACGGUAUAUAAAGGAUGUAGCUGCACGGGACCAUGCAAAGCAAGUACUGGUUGCACCUGUCUUCUGUACAAACAGGAUAUAUUCAUAGACCAAAUUUUCAUUAAGGAUGUUGACAGCAAUUUGCCAAUUCUGGAGUGUUCUACUGAAUGUUCUUGCUCAUUCUUUCCGGAUAAGUGUAAAAAUAGAUGUGUACAGUUGGGCUGUUCACUUCCUCUCAAUAUCUUUGAUGCUGGUGAAAAAGGUUAUGGUUUACAGUGUAGAGAGCUAAUUGAAAAAGGUCGUUUUGUUAUUGAAUAUAUUGGAGAAGUAAUUGGACCAGAUGAAGUGAAGAAGCGUCAGUCCGAUACAAAUUAUGUUCUCACCAUUAAAGAAAUUUUCCGAGAUCACACUGAAGUGACAUAUAUCGACCCAUCAAUUCGUGGGAAUCAGUCACGAUUUAUAAAUCACGGUUGUAAUCCUAACUUGAUAAUGAUCCUUGUGAGAUAUGGUACUCCACAGAUACACGUUGGACUGUUUGCACUUCGUGAUAUAGCUGCUUACGAAGAGCUCACCUACGACUAUGGUGCCAAUACCUCAGAAUUUUGUCUCAAGAAAUGUUUAUGUGGCAGUACAAAUUGCCGGACGAAAUUGCUCAUAAUUUUGCUGGUCACUGUGGAAAUAAUUACCUGUGAAACGAAAUCAGAAACGAUCGCAGUUGCAUUACUUCCUUCACCAACAUCUGUUCUGAAUGCACAUGCUUCACCAAUACCUGUUGAAAUUACUCCUAUACCUGCUGAUGACUUUAGUCCGAGAUUUGAUGAAUUUAGACGUAUCGAUGCAAACGGUGAUCAACAAAUUACCUUUGCGGAAUUUAUACUAGCCGAUCGGCCAUACAUUGAGGAUAAAUCACGAUUGUAUCACAGACAAGAUUUAAAUGGUGAUGGUAUUGUGAGCAAAAAUGAGUUCGCUUCUUACUAUCGGAAAAGAGAAGAAGAACGUCGACUGAGAGAAGAGCAAGCGGAAAAUUUUUUCAAACAGUUGGAAGUACCGUUUACCCAACCAUUCGGUUUUGGAUUCCCACAAAAUCCAUUUUUUCCAUCAAAUGAUCGAACUAUUCAAGACACGAUGCGCAACACAUCUUCAAUGGCAGUACCAUCAAAUAAAGAAAGUAGCAAUGAUCGGCGGUACCAAUAA